AUGGCGGAGACUUCCACUGCUGUCGUUGGUAAGGAUGAUGAUGAGGAUGACGCUGUUGAUGCUACAACACCCACAGAAUCUGUCAAGGGCGUGAUUGUGCGACGCAGUUGUCUGGGCAAAAAGCUGUCAUUUGCGGAUCUUCGAACCGAGAACGGUGCGAUUGUCAAGGUGGCCUUUCGUCGCUCCACUGGUUGGCAAGAAGAUGUAUCGGCACGUCCAUUUCCCGUCAAGACAUCGGAACUUCCCUAUGGAGCUCUGGUUUCAAUGACACUACAAAAGACGAGUGGAAAUGUGAUUGCGUGGGAAUUGCUGCAAGAUCCGAAACAAACGGCCGAAGAUAAAGCGACCAGUACGGGUAUUAACUACUCGACCUAUUUGCGGGAACGAGGCAAUCUGUUUACCAAUACCACCAAGGGUCAGUACAUUCAUAGUGGCGUAGAACCUCCAAAGAAGAAACGAAGCAGACCUACUACUACUGUUACAUCUACAGAGAAUGACGACUUGUCCAGCCAACCCGGUGGCCACGGGGACAAACAAGCCAAGGUCAUGCGCACGCGGUUGUUUGCGCAAUGGUUACUCGAUGUCUUUGGAAAAGACUUGUUAGCGCAAGGAUCGGGGGUCUUGGAUGUGGCAGGUGGCAAAGGACAACUGUCUAUUGAAUUGGCAUGUCAACACAUACCAUGCACCGUCAUUGAUCCAUUGAUUCGAAAAAAACAGUCUACUACUAUUAGUAGCGAUAGUAAUAAUGGAUUUCCCGUCAAGCGAGAUGCCAAACGAGUUCGCAAAGCCGGUGGACCCAUGCCACGACAUUUGCCAGCCUUUUUCAAUCAAGAGGAAUUCGUACAGCAAUAUGGAAAACGAAAGAAGAAUCAACAGAUACAACCCAAGUCAAGCUCCACCACCACAAACUCGCAAGAAGUGUCCACGGAACCAUCACAUGACAUUAACCCACAACAACUCAAUGAUGACGAUGACGAUGACGACAAUUACUUGAUUGAAAAUUGCAGUUGCUUGGUGGGACUGCAUCCGGAUCAAACCACUCAAGACAUUGUCGAAAUGGCAUUGCGCUUUCAAAAACCAGUUGCCAUGGUACCCUGUUGUGUCUUUCCAUCAUUCUUUCCCAUUCGGACGUUGCACAAUGGAACGAAUGUCAAUACGCAUGAACAGUUUUGUGAAUUUUUAACACAACAAGAUCCAUCCUUGCAAUGUGCCACGUUGCCCUUUCAAGGACGAAAUGUCGUCCUGUAUCGAACGAGCUAG